UCGUCCUAUAUUGGAGAAUCGUGUGCUUGUUCUACCUUCUUGGCCCAAGGUUGAACUGAUCGUUGUCUUGAGCUACUUUCAAUCGCCCUGUGCAAUGAGAUUACGAAGCCUACGAACUAUUGGAGCCCUUAUCGAUUGAUCCUCGGAUACCAGAUUCCCUGUCAACUUGCUCCACCAUUCUUCUGCUUCAUCUUUGUUGCCACUGUGAUGGCACUUUCUGCGUCAUAAAUCUUCCUGGGUAUCUGCUGUAAUUUUUUUGUCAACCGUAUUAUGCUCGCUCAUGCCUUUGCCUUCCCAGCAUGAAAUUCGCCAAGGAGCUGGAACACGAAUUAGUUCCAGAAUGGCGAGCUAAAUAUCUCGACUACAAGACCGGCAAAAAGAAAGUCAAAGCCAUCUCGCGCGCCCUGCAGAAAGCCAAUCGCAGCCCUAGCCAUCCGUCCAUCCGCAAUUUCUCCUACCCCCAACAUGACCAGUCCGAUCGCCUGCUGAGUUCGGAUCCCCGCUCGUCGUUUCGAAGCGAAAGCCGACACGAUUUGGCCCAGGACACCCUCCAGGUUCCCUCCACGCCGGUGCGAAGUAAUGGCUUGACACCGCGCUCAACGUCGGCGCGCAGUGAACGUCAGCCCCUCCGGGCCCCUGGAUCGCGCUUCUCAGGCGUGGUCGGCACGUAUGGCAGUAUUGUCGCCACUCCGCCAUCACAGCAGGCUGCGUCGUCGGAUGUAGCCUCGCUGCGGUUGCCGGAUCCAGCAAUUGAUCCUAAGGAGGUUGAGUUCUCGUCGCCAGAAAGAGAGGAUGAUACAGACGACCACCGCCCCGAAAGCCCGUCUCCGAUUUUAUCGCGAUACGAAAGCUUGCGACCAGCUACGCCUGCCAGAUCGCGCCGGAGCCCCUCGACGCCACAACCCGCUGCUGGUGGUAUAAAGGAUUAUAAGAGGAACACGGGUGCAGGCCCGUCGAACCGUAGAGGCUCCCUACUGCAGCGGGUGCUGUCUUACCCGGAUUGGAAUGCCCCCGAGAAGCGCGACACCACUGAUACGUCGACAUCGGAAAUCGCCAAGCGGCAGGAUGAGUUCUUCGCUUUUCUUGAUGGCGAGCUAGCCAAGAUAGAUUCGUUCUAUCAGAUGAAAGAACAAGAAGCGGCGGAGCGUUUGAAGGUGCUCCGAAGCCAGCUGCAUAUCAUGCGGGACCAGCGCACCCAAGAAGUGCUUGGGAAAACGAAGAACGGUGGGCUCAAGAAGGACAAUGCGCAGGCAAACGGCUUUGGCGGAUUCGCCAAAAUCAAGGAUGCUUUCCCGGGACGUCAUUUUGGGAAAAAUUCGAAGGCCCUGGCAGAGUUGGCAACGCCGGUCGGACAAGCGCAAGACCUACCGAACACCAUCACGCGGAGAGAUUUCGCACGACGGCCGGAAGAGUCCAACAACGCCGAGGUUCCGUAUCGCUCCGCCAAAAGAAAGCUUAAACAUGCGCUUCAAGAAUUCUAUCGUGGCGUGGAGUUGUUGAAGGCAUACGCCUAUCUGAACCGAACCGCUUUCCGGAAGAUUAACAAGAAAUAUGACAAGGUUGUCAAUGCGCAUCCCCCGAUGAGAUACCUCUCUGAGAAGGUCAAUAAGGCGUGGUUCGUUCAGAGUGAGGUUACGGAGCAUUUGUUGUCGGCGGCAGAGGACCUCUACGCACGUUAUUUUGAGCGCGGGAACCGCAAGAUUGCCGCCUCGAAGUUGCGCCAUACAGUCAACAAGGCUGGAGACUACUCGCCGAACACAUUCCGUUCUGGUCUCCUGUUGAUGGCUGGCAUCCUGUUUGCAGCCCAGGCAUUGGUUUAUGCUAGCCGUAAUCUGAAUAAUGACGAUUCCGAAGUGAAGCUGAAUACAAGCUACUUGCUCCAGAUCUACGGUGGUUAUUUCCUCAUCGUUCUGCAUUUUCUCCUAUUUUGCUUGGACUGCAUGGUCUGGACGAAGGCCAAGAUAAACUACGUCUUCGUUUUCGAGUUCGACACCAGACACGCAUUAGACUGGCGGCAAUUAACUGAGUUACCGAGUUUCUUCUUGUUCAUACUAGGUCUCUUCAUGUGGCUGAACUUCAUGAUUAUCAAUGACGCAUAUAUCUAUUGGCCUGUCGUUCUGAUAGGUGUGACGGUGAUAGUUCUGUUCUUGCCAGUGCGCACAUUAUACCACCACAGUCGAAAGUGGUGGGCAUAUUCCAAUUGGCGGCUUUUGUUGGCUGGUUUAUACCCCGUCGAGUUUCGUGACUUCUUUCUCGGUGAUAUGUACUGCUCGCAGACGUACGCCAUGGGCAAUAUUGAAUUGUUCUUCUGUCUCUAUGCGAAACACUGGAGUGACCCUCAGCAGUGUAACUCCUCUCACUCCCGCUUGUUGGGGUUCUUCACGUGCCUUCCAGGAAUCUGGAGAGCUCUUCAGUGCUUACGUCGAUAUGCCGACACGAGGAACGCCUUUCCUCACUUGCUCAACUUCGGCAAAUACAUGUUCACUGUCCUCUACUAUUGUACCCUGAGUCUCUACCGCAUCGACAGGGUCUCGAGCUUUGAGGCUCCGUUCAUCACGUUUGCGUUGCUGAAUGCUGUCUACUGCUCCGUCUGGGAUCUCGCCAUGGAUUGGAGUCUGGGAAACCCUCACGCGAAGAACCCAAUGCUUCGCGAGGUGCUCGCCUUCCGGAAGCCGUGGGUGUAUUAUGUUGGGAUGGUCAUCGAUGUCGUUGUCCGCUUUAACUGGAUCUUCUAUGCGAUUUUCCGCAAAGACAUUCAGCAUUCGGCUGUCCUCAGUUUCGCUGUUGCACUUUCAGAGGUAGGCCGCAGAGGGGUGUGGACGAUCUUCCGUGUGGAGAACGAGCACUGCACCAACGUUCUUCUCUUCCGAGCAUCCAGGGACGUUCCCCUACCAUACGAAGUUCCCAAACCACAGGCUCCGUCGGCUCAGCCAGAGGAGGCUAUGCAGCUUCAAGACCAUCAACCUCUGGCGCCCGUGCCUACCAUUGGCGACGCCGAGCAAGGAACCCCACCCACUCCAGGCUUGUCAGUCCGGAGCCCACGUGGUCUUGCCCGGGUUGGUACCUUGUUGGCUGCGGCCCACGCCCAAGACUUCCAGCGUAAGAGGCGUCCUGGAGAGUUGCAUAGCGCUUCGAUAACCCGGGAGGGCCUGGAUACGCCGGAAGAUAGUACAGAUGAGGACGAAGGCUCGCGGCCGUCGUCAGAGGGUGGAAAUGUGAUAGUGGAGGAGUAUCGAGAUGAUGACGACGACCGGGAGUAACAGCCUCUGAGCUGGUCGGGGCCGCGCAUUCAAGUCCUAGCGAUAGGAUAUCUGCAUUCAUGGCAUAUAUUAGAGGAUAGAAUCUAUACAUAAUCUCGCAUAUAAUAGAUGAUCAUAAUUUACGAUGCUG